AUGAUUAUUUCGAGUUUUAUUAAUUUACAACCUUUACAAUAUCAAGAUUAUAUUUACCCCCCAAUAGCUAAUUUAAUCGGAAUUAUUUUUGCACUUUCCUCUGUUUCAGCAAUUCCAUUAGUUGGAAUUUAUAUGUUAAUUAAAGCAAGAGGACAAACAAUUAAUGAAAAAUUUUGUCAAGUAAUUAAACCUUUAUUUGAAGAAGAAAAUAAUGAAAAUAAUUUAAUUUAUCGGCCAGAAUUAAUUCGUGCUAGUCGACUUACUUAUGCUAGAGUAAAUAUGUUGGCAAUGAAUGAAAGUUUAGAUUUUAAUGAAAUUGAAAGAGGAAAGUUUAAUAAAUCAGAAGUUAAUACUUUAAAUAAUUUUGUUGAUUAUAAUGAUAUUUUACUUUAA